GCAGUAAUCCAAAGACGGGGACGCGACCUGCCUGAGACGCGUUCCAACACGACUUUAACUUCCCCACAAUUAAUUCAUUACCAGCGCACCCAGAUCAAUCCCACCACCGAACACCAUCACAACUAUUCGGCGCAUCUUUUAUAGAGUGCUUGUUCUUUGCGAGGCUUACAAUAAUCCAGACCCGUCCCUGCAUCCGAAGUCUCUCGACCGCGAUCUCAAACAGACUGGAGCCGAAAUGAGUCCACGCUCGUGACCACCCAAUGAAAGAAUGCCCGCUCGAUCUCGAAAUACCGCUGCAGCAGGAGCUGCGCUCAAAGAACAGCACUAUGAUAUCCCCGGUCUCAAGUUUGACGAUAGCCUGACAUGGCGCGCUGGCAAACCUAUUCCUGUUGCGGAUCUUCUUGCGCGACUACAAAAGCUCGCUGCUGAACUGCGCAAUUACGAUCUCGAUCAAGUCGACUCGCGCGCCUUCACGGUCCUUGCACACGACCUUGCGAACGCCAACUUGCUGGGCCACAAGGAUAAAGGUGUAAGAGCAUGGACCGUUUCCUGUAUAGUGGAUGUCCUCAAGAUCUGCGCACCCGAUGCGCCCUUCGUCGAAAACGAAUUGAAAGACAUAUUCACGGUUGUGAUCAACUCCAUAUUGCCUGCUCUUGCCGAUCCUACCAACGCCUACAAUGCGCAGCAUAUCUACAUCUUGAGCUCCUUGGCCGAGUCGCAAAGCAUUCUGCUAGUGACCGACAUCCCCAACCAUGACAGUCUGAUAACGUCGCUCUUUACAACAGCGUUCGACAUUGUAACUGGGUCCGGGAACAAUCCAGCCGGUGUGGAGGUCUCGAAAAGUGUGGAAUAUCAUCUGAAGAACCUGCUGGUUGCCGUUGUCGACGAAGUCAGCCUUCCACAAGAUGUCACAGACGUUAUAAUUUCCCAGUUCUUGCGGGUUGAUGCUGGUAAUAUUCAGGAUGCUGGCAAUAAAGGCAAGAAACGAGGUGCCCAAGACACCAAACAAGCUACCUUAUUGGUGAAGGAUUAUCCUCCGGCCUACAACAUGGCAAGGUCAUUAUGCACCAGCUGUCCGGAAAAGAUGACUGCUCAAAUCACUCAAUACUUUGGCACAGUCAUUGUCGACGCAUCGUCCGCCACACUUCCAAACGGGCCCUCCAAGUCGAAUCACAAACGGACUAUAGAUGCGGACGACUCGGAAGAUGAACAUGAGGGGCUUGCUGAUUUGCGCAAAGCGCAUCGUUUGCUCCGGGAGCUUUGGCGGGCUUGCCCAGAUGUCCUCCUCAAUGUCAUUCCACAGAUCGAAGCAGAGUUCAAUGCUGACUCUUCAGCACUGCGCAAACUUGCCACCGAGACUAUUGGCGACAUCAUGGCCGGCAUAGGCACGGCGGGUCUCGCUCCUUCUGGACGCCUUGAUCCUGCCGCUUACCCUCUGCCAUCGAUUGAGCAAUUGGAACCAGUGCCACAGAAUACUAGUCCUUUGUUGACUCCUGCAUCUCCGAAACCUUUUGCUACAGUUCACGCAUCCGCAUACCAAGCCUUCUAUGGACGCCGCAUAGAUAAAUCGCCUAUCGUGCGUGAGUCGUGGGCGGUGGCAGCUGCGCGUAUCCUUCUCACUUCAGCGGGAGCCAUUGGUCUGAGCGACGACGAGCUGCAAUCACUGCUGUCUGGGUUUUCUCAGCUGCUUCAUGACCCAGAAGAGCACGUUCGUUCGGCGGCAGUUCAAUCCAUCUCCCUGUUCAAUUAUCAUGCCAUCAUAAACACGCUCUGUGCUGAUGGCGGCUUGACAAGAGAGGGGACCGUACUUUCAGUACUUGUGGAACGUGUGGUCGAUCGAAAACACAAUGCUAGAGAACAGGCAAUUGAACUGCUGGCUCAGAUCUGGGGAGUUGCGUCAAGAGACAUUGAAGAGGGUGUGGCAGCUGUCAAAGAGGCAGUGGGCGACAUCCCCAACCGAUUGUUCCGCGCCUUCUAUACGAACGACUUACAUGUCCAUGCUGUGAUUGAUAAGGCGCUCUACGAGAGCCUCUUACCCUUGUCUUUCCCUCCUAUCAAAGCGCACGCAUCACGUUCGGAAAGCCAGAAACAGCGAACAAAUGACACUCAGCCAAGCUCUCAAGAAGCACCGGCUGCUGAUCCAGAUGUUAUCAGGGCACGACGCAUCUUGACGUUGGUUCAAGGUCUGGACGUCAAGUCUCGCGCAGUGUUCUUCAGCCUGCAGAAUCGCCAGGUCCAGUUAGGCAAAGGCAUGACCAUCUUCCUACAAGCCUGUGAAGACUACAAUGGUGGAGUGGUCGAGGACAACGAAUCUGAGGACGCCAUCAAGGAUCGUCUCAAUCGGUACAUUGAGCACAUAUCCAAGUCAUUCCCAGAUCCGAGUGGCGUCGCAGCGGAUCUGUGGAAGUUUGCAAAGCAACACGAUCGUCGUGCGUAUCAACUGAUUCGAUUUGCCACAGGGCCUGAGCACGAUUACCGUACUGUCACGAAAGCAAUCAAAGAGCUCAUCAAGCGCAUUCGUGAAGGCCCAACCAACGUGCAGUCUAUCAACGACACCAUCCAGGGUAUCCUUUACCGAUGCGCAUUAAUCACCUACAACCGCAGCCAUGUCCCCACCAUCAUGGAGGUAUCGAGAACGGAUGAGAGCGGGCUCGGAGAAGCCGCUCAGGAAGUACUCAAAGAGAUAUCAGCUCGACAUCCGGAGGUCCUCAAGUCCCACAUUCAAGCGCUCUGCAAAGAGCUCGAGGAGAGUGCACCAUCAGCAGUAAAAGCUGAAGCGUCAGGCUCAGCAGAUACGCUGAAAGCUUGUGCAGGAUUUGCCAGGAAGUAUCCUGCUGAUGUGCCAAAAGACCGCAGAUUCUUGACUGCGCUUACUAGCUUUGCGCUGUUCUCAAAAUCCCCGCGGGCUGCGAAACAUGCAGUAUCCAUUGUGGUUAUGGUAGCGGACAAGAAGGAGAUGUAUGCCAAGGACAUCCUGUCGAAGGCUCUCAAACAGUGUCAACCGGACUCCGCACAUUUUCUGGCCCAGCUUGCGGCGAUAUCGCAGAUCUGUCUGCUUGUGCCUGCGAUAGCAAACGAGGAAAGCGAUGCUAUUCAACAGCUUGCCGUGGGGGACAUUCUGCGGAAGAAUCGCUCGCCGAGCUCAGAAGAGGAUGCCAAUGCAUGGAUCGAAUCAAUAGAUGAUGAAUCCAUGGCGAAGGAACUUGCGCUGAAGAUCUUGGUCAAUCGCUGCCGAUCCUACGACGAAAAGUCUGAGAGUGGUGAAUUUGAACAAGCCGCAAAGGAGGCGUUCAACUUUCUCACGUCAGUGAUCAAAAAUGAGGGCGAAAUUACUCCCUCAAGGGAUACACCACCUGCACAGAAAAAUCGCUUGAGGCUUACCGCGAUCCAUUUCAUCUUGAAGCUUUGCGCUCACAAACACAAAUGCGAGGACUUCAUCAAGCCGACCAUGUUCAUCUCUAUCUUAAUAGUCAUGAUCUAUCCUCCGAUUGCGGUACGGACUGGUUUUGUCAACUACCUGAAGAAAUACUUGGGAUCGAAUCGUCUUGCACAUCGCUGGUUUACCUCCUUCUUCCUGUUGGCGUUCGAGCCCGAUGUUGAGCUUCGAACAUCGACGCUGACCUGGAUAAAAGCUCGCGUACAAUACUUCGCGAAGCAGCAACUCCAAUCCAAGUCUGGGGACAAAAAGAUGCAUCAAAAUGUGAUGGAGUCGAUCUUUGCCCGGUUGCUCAGUUUGCUGGCGCACCAUCCUGAUUAUCCUUCCCAAGAGAGUGCUGAUCCUGAUGGCGAAUUGCUGGAUUUUUCCAAGUACAUUAUCUUCUACCUCUCGGCUGUGGCAACUGAGGAUAACUUGUCACUCAUCUUCCACAUUGCACAACGCGUGAAGGGCACGAGGGAUGCGGUCACUGGCACGGAGGAGGCCAGUGAGCGACUGUAUGUGCUUUCUGAUCUUGCACAGGCUGUUAUUAGAAAUUACACGGAUUUGAUGCCAGCACAUGCAAAGGGUGUUAAUCUCCUUCAGACAUGGCCCGGCAACGUCACCUUGCCUCGGUCGUUGUUCAAAGCCUUGCCAAGUCAUGAGGCGGCUCAAGAGAUUGCCGAGAAGAACUAUUUGCCCGAGGACGUGGCCAGUGGACUUGAGAAGCUUGUAAGGACAUAUACGAGAUCUCUCAAGAAGACUGGUCAGGCCGAAAAGAGGGCUUUGGCCAACAGCAAGAAGAGAAAGAGCGAUGCCGUAGGCCCGGACAUCGAAGAUGACGAUGGGGAGGAGAUAAAGAAGGUUGUCAAGAAGGCUAGAAAGACCACACUUGGAAUCAGAAAGACACCUAAACCGAAGAGGAAAAGCAUUGGGCAGCCAAGCUCAGAAAUGCCGUCACGCAAAAGUGCUCGCAUGUCUAAUGCGGUCUCGUAUGCUGAGGGAGACAGCGAUGACGAUGAUGUCGAGAUGGAAGUCAACGAUCGGGCUGCCGGUAGUCCGAGCUCGAAUAGGAAGAAGAAGGCGCCUCCCAAAGAUGACGAGCAGGAAGACGAGGAUGCCUCGGAGCCCGAUUUAAGUGACGAAGACGAGGAGGGGCCAGAAGAUGAAAAGGCUGACGACGCCGAAGUCCACGUGCACGAGGAUGAUGAUGCUGAUGAUGAAGUGAAUGGGAACGGGGACGAUACGGAGAUGAAGGACGCCAAAGAAGAAUCCUCGCCGCCUCUGAAAGAGAAGAAGAAUGCGGGUGGUGGUAGAAAGGGUGUAACCCGGGCAAAGAAGCCUGCCGAUACGAACACCAAGACCGUCGGGAAGACAAAGAAGAAUGCUGAACCACCAGCAUCACGGCCGACAAGACAGACUCGAAGUUCUAGGGCAUGAACAGAAUGACUUACUACGCAUGAGGGUGUCAAUGAGCCAAAAGAGAUGUUUUGUAUGAUUGUGCAUCCAAGCUGAUGUGUGAUGCUACCCUGAUGCAUGGUCACUGAGGAGUACACAAUACCCCAUAGCGAAGCAUCCUUUCUCGGAUUAAUUGUUAUGCCUGAUCCAGCUUCAGAUUAUGUUUCCUAAUAGUUAGUGUACCUAGGUCGUCCUUUGGCACCUCCUGGGAUGGUCAGCCUCGGUUUUUAAGCGGUGAAUUCGGAUAAACUGCUACCCGGGGCCGAUGUUCUUGGCGUGUUUUCUACUUGCAAGUGCGAGAGUGUUUCUUCUUCAUCCUGUCCAU